AUGGAGAAGGAGGACAGAGACUUCAGCUGGUGGCUAGGGCUGGUGCUGUACACCACCUACAUCAGCUUCCUGAGGAUUAAUCGCAUCCAGAGGACGCAUGGCCUGUUUGUGCGAAGCUUCUAUGAGGCACCCUUCAUCGACCAGUCUUUGCUUCUCAACACAAAAUUUGACAUUCCCAAGAUCAAAGAGGAAAAUAUCAAAUAUGUGUACACGUUGGACAAAUACAGGCCGAAGACAAAUGUCUUCAAAGACGUGAGCUUUGAGUCACAGGAAGUGUACAGAAUCUUUUAUCAGGAUUAUGAGAGUGGUGUGGAAAGGGUCACCGAGGAGGAAAACCUGAAGAAGGAGAAAAUGAACACCUAUUUCCUGGCUUUGGAUGGGGACACUGAUUUCCAGCCCUCCUCUGUGAUGCUCUUGGUGGACCGUCUCAAGAUGUACCCCGAGGUAGGGGCUGCUUGCGGUAGGAUUCACCCCACUGGCACCGGUCCGAUGGUGUGGUACCAGAAGUUUGAGUAUGCUGUGGGCCACUGGCUGCAGAAGACGUCGGAGCAUGUGUUUGGCUGCGUGCUCUGUAGCCCUGGCUGCUUUAGCCUCUUCCGAGCGGCUGCACUCAUGGACGAAAAAAUACACCACACAACCACAGAGGCAGGUCACUACAUACAGUAUGAUCAAGGUGAGGACCGCUGGCUGCAGCAGGGCUGGCGGGUGGAGUACAGUGCGGCGGCGGAGGCCUACACCAAGGCUCCACAGGAGUUCCAGGAGUUUUACAACCAGCGGCGCCGCUGGGGACCCUCCAACCUGGCCAACAGUCUGGACCUGCUGGGCAGCGGCAGGUUGACGGUGAUGAAGAACCAAUCCAUCUCCACCCUCUUCAUCCUCUACCAGAUCCUCAACAUGGCCGCCUCCAUCCUCGGCCCAGCCACCGUGUGCCUGAUGAUCGCAGGAAGCUUCUCCUUUGUCUUUGGGGUUUCACCUAAUCUAGCACUUGCACUAGCUAUUGUGCCUCCAGUCAUCUACUUGGUUCUGUGCUACAAGCUCAGCACCAACAGCCAAAUCACCAUUGCUGCCUUAAUGAGCAUAUUCUAUGCCUUCCUUAUGACUGCGAGCAUUCUUUCAAUCAUUGGGGACAUGGUUCUGGAGGGCACUUUCAUGACUCCCAGCGGCCUCUUCUUCAUCAGCAGUGUCAUGUACCUCAUCACCGCGCUGUUUCACCCCACCCAGUUCCACCUCAUCGUCCACGGCUUCCUCUACAUGCUCUGCAUCCCCAGCGGCUACCUCCUGCUGGCCAUCUACUCCAUGGUCAACAUGAACAACGUGUCCUGGGGGACCAGGGAGAGCGCUGGACCAAAGCCAGCCGCCAGUGCUGCUGCUGCCUCCACUUAGGAACACGUUGAGAGGAGUGUCAAGUUUGAGAGAAGGUGCAAGUGCUGCCGCUGGAACCUGGGGCUCCAGGUUGGCGAGGACCAGGAAAAGACGGAGGUAUUACCUGUCAGUGCUCAGCAGACAGAACCUGUUUCAGCCAGUCACCAAGAGCCAGAAGAGAGGAAAAGCCACAGAGAAGAUCCAGGGAGUCACUGGAUUGCACAGCUGGUGAAGAAAUCCAGGGAGCUGAAGCUGGAGAGACAUUAUCUCGAUAAAGAUGAAGUGCAGUUUUGGGAAGGCCUCCAGGAACACUAUCUAAAGCCUCUGGACAAGGAUAUGGCAAGGAAGAAGAAAAUUGAAGCUGACCUUAAAGACCUUAGAAACAAGGCCACAUUUGUCUACUUCGUCUGCAAUGCCCUCUGGCUUGUGGCUACAUUCUUCCUGCAGGAGAUAGGAGGGGCUGUCAGUAUCCGGAUUCCCAAGAUUUAUACCAAUGGGACAAUAGAUCCAAAUGGGCAAAUCUUCUUGGAUCCCAUUGGCUUAAUGUUUGUCAUUGGCUUUGCACGUACUUUUGAUCUAGUUUCUUGCUAUGCUGUGGCACAGAAUGCAAACGUUGACUCACUUCAUAGCCUUCCAAGGAACCGAGUCUGCAGUCAUGAAAAAGAACAUGAAAAAGUCUUACGAGAAUCUACAGAAUGAAAAGCUCUAAAAACAUAAUUUAAUCUACUCAACUGGAACCUCCAUUUUCUUUGACAGUCCCAUGGAGUGGACAAUCUCUCUUUGGCAAGCAGACAAUGACUAUAGGAAUCCCGAAUUUUGGCGAAGACUGCACAAGAU